UUGUUUCCGUAGAGAAAUAUAUUGAGACGUUUAUCUGUACAAUUAAAUGUAAAUUUGAAAACACAUGUUAAGAGAUUAUUUAGAAGAGAACAUUGUGUAUAAAUUUCGGUGAUUAUUUACUAAUCUCAUCAGUUGAGUUACGGAUUAAAAUCGUUGUCAAUUUUUUAGUGGAAAAUGAUUUACGGCAAAGUUUUUUUAUUGCUAAUUUUUCUAUUUUUUAUACUGUUUGAAAAUAUAUACGGUGAUAGCCCAUUGUGGGAGUACAAAUGUAUCAGGAACAAUUGCAGAAGAGUCGAAAUAACUUCAAACACCACAUUACCUCAAUCUUUAGACGCCUGUCACACGUUUUGCGGCGGUGGGAGAGUAUGGCCGGAUCCGUCAGGCGGAAUUUAUUAUUCGAACCAAGAUCUGGUAACCAUAGACCUGAAAAGAUUCCGAUAUUUUGUGAGGGGUAGGAAAACGCCAGUGGAAAAACUAACCACACAGAGGUUCCGCGAAAUGAAGAGUCGUUUGCGCAGGUUCAAGCCAGAUGGUAAAAAAGAUCUUAGACCCUGUGCUUUAUUUAUCCAUGCUAUGUGCUUGGAAGACUGUAUCGGCACGUCUUUGACUUUAGAAACAGAUGAAAGCUAUGAACUGGAGAUAGAGACGCCUCUGGCGGUAGUCCAUGUCAGAAUUAUGGCAAAAAACUACUUCGGUCUGAGACACGGGAUCGAAACACUGGAGCAACUGAUCUUCUUCAACAACAUCACUAGGCAGAUCCAGAUUCCGGCUAGUGUGAAAGUAUACGACAGACCAAGCUAUCCGCACCGUGGGGUGAUGUUGGACACCAGCCGCAACUACCUCAACAAGUCUGCGAUCAUGAGGACUAUCAUGGGGAUGGGAAUGUCCAAGUUGAACACGCUGCACUGGCACAUUACGGAUCAAUACAGCUUCCCUUACGUCAGCCGAACUUGGCCGAACAUGACGCGCUUCGGGGCGUACUCGCCCAGCAAGGUCUAUACAGCGGAAGACAUCAAGGAGAUCAAGGAAUUUGGGAUUUACCACGGAGUUCGCGUGGUUCCUGAGCUGGACGCUCCUGCUCAUGUUGGCGAAGGCUGGCAGUGGAUCGACGACGCUCUUAUCUGCUACAGGGAAGCUUUCUGGACUGACCACUGCUCAGCUCCACCCUGUGGGCAGCUGAACCCUCUCAGCGAGAAGGUCUACGAGGUCCUGGAAGGACUCUACAAGGAUAUGAUAAAAGACUUUGAUGCAGAUGUCUUCCACUUAGGAGGCGACCAGGUCAACAAAAACUGCUGGCAAUCUUCGGAUGCUAUCAGGCACUGGGCCAAUUCCACGGAUUUGAUGCUGGAAGAUAAGAUGUUUUUCAAGCUCUGGAACAAUUUCCAGGCUCGGGCGUACCAGAAGCUCAAGGCUGCUAAUGGUGGGAAAGACAAGCAGGUCAUUUUGUGGACCAGUGACUUAACGAAAAAAAACAAUCUUGAUCAGUUGGACAAUAAGACUUAUAUUAUUCAAAAUUGGAACAGCAAAAGUGACAAUAAAACUGUUUCUGAUUUGAUUAAUGCUGGAUUCAGAGUGAUUUUUUCUCACUAUGAUGUUCAUUUUUUGGAUUGCGGGUUUGGAUCUUAUGUGGGUCCUGGCGCUAAUUGGUGCUCACCAUACAACGAUUGGAGAAGAAUUUUCGAAUACUCACCAUUAGAAACCCUUAAAUCUCUUAAAUUGGAAUCAAAGAAGAACUUAAUUUUUGGUGGUGAAGUAAUUUUGUGGUCAGAAUCUGCUGAUGAAAAUUCCCUGGACGUCCAGCUGUGGCCUCGAGCGGCUGCCUUAGCAGGAAGACUUUGGAAUGAUGAAACAGAAUCAUCAAGAAAUACGUGGCGAGGUGUGGAAUCUCGAAUGUUUCUUCACCGAGAUCGCCUAGUCAAUCGAGGGAUUCUUGCCCAGACCAUGGCACCCGAGUGGUGCCAACAAAACCUGGGACUUUGCCGAUUACCUAUUGAAAUUUCUGUUGGAGAAAAUUCAGGUUAUAUUAUAUUCCCCAAUUAAAAAAAAAUUCAUUUAUUUAAUUAUAUUUAUGUAAAUAAAUUUUAUAACCUCUGAAGCCUUAGCUUCAUUAAGGUUUUACAAUACUAGAAUUCAAAUUUGCGCGCGCAAGCUAUUAUUUGCGCGCGCCUCAUAUUUAUUGUCAUGAUAUAUUUAUGUGUCGUUUAUGUAUAUUAUAUUCACUUUCAACCAAUCAGAAUGAGAAUAAAUAUUUUCAAC